ACGACACGGCCGUAAAGCCGCCAUCUUAGCGGUUGCGGCGCCUUGCGACAUGGAGGCCGCGACGGCAGCGAGCGCUGGGCCGGCGGCGCUUACGGCACCAGAGGAGGAGGACGGGCCCAGCCGCCAGGCCAGCAGCGCCGCCGCCUUCCUCAGCCUCCGGGCCUCGUUCGGAGAAGAAGACGAAGACGACCGGCACAAGUGCGGCCGCUGUGGAUCUGAAUUCACCUCUUUGGAAGAAUUUGUGCAACACAAGCUUCAAAAGCUUUGCCAGAAGCAACAAAAUGCCGCAGACACAGCAGUAACAACCUCGGUGAUUUCCUCUGUUGAAGAACCCAUAACUGUCGCCCACAUUGUAGUGGAAACUUCUCCCAUCACAGAAGAAAUUAGCAACGCAUCUGCCAUUGUAGAGAGCGGGGUCAUCAAGGAAGUCAUUGUCACUGACGGCCAAGUCUUCGAAAGUCCCAACGGCCACAUCGAUGGCAAUGGCCUCGGAGAGGAACAGCGCAGCCCCGAGGGGGAGGAGGAAGAGGAAGAAGACAGACCAGGCUCCGUGGAACUCAUCAAGGUCAAGCUCUUGGUCAACAAGGAAGGCCGCUACGUGUGUGAGCUCUGCCACAAGACCUUUAAGACGGCCAGCAUCCUCAAGGCCCACAUGAUCACACACAGCACCAGGAAGGACUAUGAGUGCAAGUUGUGCGGGACCUCCUUUCGGACCAAAGGCUCGCUGAUCCGGCACCAUCGCCGCCAUACAGAUGAGCGCCCUUACAAGUGCAAGAAGUGCGGGAAGAGCUUCCGGGAGUCAGGGGCUUUGACGCGGCACCAGAAGUCCUUGACUCCCUGCACCGAGAAAAUACGCUUCAGCCUCAACAAGGAAAUCCUUAUCAGUAAAGAAGACUUGGCCGCAGAGCCCAUCAGCCCCACUGCCGAAGCUGUCCCCUUGCUCCCCACUCCCCCUGCAGAGCCUUCGCCUGUCAUCCACCUGGUGACGGACGCCAAGGGCAACGUCCUCCAUGAAGUCCAUGUCCGGAUGCAGGAACUCCCCAAAGCCUUGGGCCAAGAGCCUUCGAACGCCGAGGAGCUGCCCCUCGACGCCGAAGAGAACGAGAACUUGCUGAGGGAAGCCAUGAGAAAUUCUGGGAUUGUGAUUGAACGGGUUUCUGUGGAGGAGAGGGCCGACUCGGUUGCCACUGAUGCCACAUCUGCUGCAGAGGAACCAAAGGGCGAGGAGGCCUCAGUAAAGCUCUGCGGGGAGCAGUUUGUGGAGAUUGAGGAGGCUGAAACGCAAGAAGCAGAUGUGACGGAGGAAGGCAAGGGCCAUGCGUGCCCCUACUGCAGUGAAACCUUCAGGGAACGUAGCUCACUGGAUCUCCAUAUCAGCGGGCAUCUAGAUUACAAGCCUUUCACCUGUGAGGAGUGCGGCAAAGAGUUCACCAAGGGCUACCUGCUGAAGAAGCACCAGGAGGUGCAUGUGAACCAGCGGCGUUUCCGCUGUGGGGAGUGUGGCAAGCUCUACAAGACCAUCGCCCACGUCAAGGGCCACCGGCGGGUGCAUUCGGACGAGCGGCCCUACCCCUGCGCCAAGUGCGGCAAGCGGUUCAAGACUAAGAAUGCCCAGCAGGUCCACUUCCGGACCCACCUGGAGGAGAAGCCCUACGUCUGCCAGUUUUGCAACCAGGGCUUCCGGGAGAAGGGCUCCCUAGUGCGCCACAUCCGCCACCACACCGGAGAGAAGCCCUUCAAGUGCUACCGCUGUGGCCGUGGCUUUGCGGAGCACGGCACCCUCAACCGGCACCUCCGGACCAUAGGGGGUUGCCUGCUUGCCUUGAAGGAAGCCGAGGAGGCCGUGGUCUCGGAGGAGGGCCAGUCCACAGAGCGCUUGGCCGCCACCGUCAUUUCGGAAGACCCUCCCACCGUCUUGGUAGAGUUCUCUUCGGUGGUGGCUGACACCCAAGAGUACAUCAUCGAGACUGCCACCGAGGACAUGGAGACCAGCGAAGCAACUGAAAUCAUAGAAGGAACAAGGCACGAGGUGGACAGCCACAUCAUGAAGGUGGUCCAGCAGAUCGUGAACCAGGCCAGUGCCGGCCACCAGAUCAUCGUCCAGAAUGUGACAGUGGCGGAGAGCCCCACGGUGGGAACUUCGGAGGCCGAGCCCCUUGCCGUUGCCAGCCCCGAAAGCCUGACGGAGCAGGUGGCUCUGACGCUGGCCUCCGCCAUCCGCAAAGGGGAGGCCGAGGAGGGGACUGCGGUGACCAUGGUGGCCUCUGAGGACAUCGAGAUCAUGGAGCCGGCCGGGGAGUAUGUCAUCGCUGCCCAGGAGGAGCUAGAGGUCCAGACGGUCAUCGUCUAGGGCUGCCCCUGGUCCCGACAUUGAGUGGGUGGGAGAGAGCCACAUACAGAGGCUCCCAAACACAUGGGCUCCCCUAUGUGUGUGGAAAAGGCAAGUGAGGGCCAAUCCAAAGACUCCUGUGAUGUUGUUGGGCUGCAACUCCCUGCAUCACUCUUCCUGGCCUUUGUUGCCUGGGAGAUGCAGUCCAUCCAUCCAUGCAUUGAGGGCCAAGCAAUUCCUCCUAGUACUUCCAGCUCAGCGAUGGAGCCAAGCACUUUAUCUCAGCUUAAAAGAGGAAGGACAGAGCUUGCAGGGAACUUUUGCAGCUGCUCCUUUCUGGAAUGUAAACUUGCUUGAACAUGAACCUUUAAAGGAAGGUUUGAAAACGCUUUACUCUACAUAGUAUUACAGAUUAUUAUUUUAAGAAAUGCUCUGGGAAUUUACCAAAAAAAGGUCACUGUAUGUUUUUUGUAACAAUGUACAGCUCGAGAUUAUAAAUAAUUUUUAAAUGCAUAAAUUUUAUAUAUACUGUCUGACGUAAUAAAAAAUACCUCUUCCAA